CACCCACCUGUGCCCAGCAGUGCACCCACCUGUGCCACUCUGCAGUGUCACACACCUGUGCCCAGAAGUGCCAACCGACCUGUGCCCACCCACCUGUGCCCACCAGUGCCACCCACCUGUGCCCACCCACCAGUGCUGCCCACCAGUGCCACCCACCAGUGCAGCCCGUCAGUGCCCCAGCGGUUGUGCCAGGCAGUGCCGCCAGUCAGUGCCAGCAGUGAUGCCAGUCAGUGCCAUCUAUCAGUACCCAUCAUCAUGCCCUUUAGUGCUGCCUAUCAGUGCCCAUCAGUGCCGCCUAUCAGUGCCCAGCAGUGCUGCCUCAUC